ACAGUGCAUAACAGUGACGUCCUGUGCGGAUAGAUAGAUAGAUGCCCUUACAGUUCUAAUCAUAGGUCUACAGCCUUAAUAUUUUCUUCAUGUGGAAGGGCGUCUAAAGCCUGGGAGAGAAGCAGCCAGCAUGCAGCGGAGCGCAGUGGUCGUGGUGGCGGAUAAAACGAGUCUGAAAAGGCCGUUUAUUUUUGCAAACGCUGUGCAUAUGGCACUGUGCUUCUUCAUGUUGACCAUGACGGUAGCUUGGCAUAGAGACCUGAUACAAACUGGCAAACUGGUGUCCAAUGUUUCUGUCGCGAUAAUGUAUGUUGUAGAGAUCGGCUGCCUGCUGCUCUCGGUGCUCGGUGUGGUUGGAGCCUGCACAGGAAAGAGAUGGUGUUUGAUUCUGUAUGCAACAGGGAUGGCGGCAGCCAGUCAAACAAUAAUUGUUCGAACAGCACUAAGUUACCAAGAUGUUUACGAGAAACGUGUGCUCCGUGAGGAGUCAAAGUUGCUGUCCAUGAUGCCACUUACUGGAACCAGCAAAGCCAACAGGACCCUGCUGUAUAGUAUUCAAAAAGAAUUUGAGUGCUGUGGUCUAAUUGAAGGCUACAAAGACUGGGGCUCUUCCAUCCCUGCCUCCUGUAACUGUCACUAUCCAGGAAAAUGCAUUCGACUACGAGGCAGCGCCACACUGGGGGCUCCAAAGAACCAGUACGUUUAUCAAGAGCCUUGCCUACCAGUUUAUGUUUCUGAACUCAAGCUUGCAUUCUCAUUGGCGAUGGCUGUACAAUUUGGAAGUGGAGUAUUUUGGGUGGUUCUACUCAUUAUGAGCAUCAAGCUGAUGGGCCAGAUAAAAAGAAAACAGGAGUUCAUAGCUCUUCUCCAAUCAAACAGAUAUGUACCUGGUGCCUUCUAGUCACCUAGUAUGUUUUGAUACACGCUUCAAAUGAAUAUCAAGCAUAUACCAUAUUUGUAUUUGCACAUGUAAACACAUGAUGAUGUAUACCAAAUCCUGGCUAUUUUGUGCUAUAGCAACAUAUGUUUCUUUUCUGUUGAAUGCAUGUUACUGAUAUUGAAAAGUAAUCUACAUGCAAAGAUCGAUUUCAAGUGACUUUUUUUUUUUUUGCCUUACUGCUGUAAAAACAUUGCAAUUUAAUGAAAUUGACUGUCUUGUAAAAUGUGCUGAAUAUCAACAUAAUCGGCACAUUUUCAGAUGCUUUUUUGUUUGAAAUGAAUAUCUUACCAAGCAUUAAUCAGCCACCUGUUUUCAUUGAGUAGCUGGAGCCACUCCCAGCAUUUUGUUAUUUAUAGUAAGUGUUGUCUUAUCUGGAUUAUAUAUUCAGAUAUUAUUUAUCUCCAUUUCCUUCGUACCCGCAUACAUCACUGAAUUGACUGUCUUUGGAAAGACAGAUAUUAAUCAAAUUGCAUAUACUGUACCUCAAUUACUCAAUUAAUGGGUUUAAUUUAACAUUUGUCGACUGGACCAACUUCUUUUAAACACAUAUUUAAUAUUCUUACUUGUGUUCAGCUCACUCAUUGAAUUUACAGCAUUAGAGCAACCAAUAAUCUUUGAACAAAUAUAACCAUUAUGUAGCACCUUUCUUAAACAGUGUUUACAAAGUGCUUUGAUUGAAAUACUGUAUAAUCAUUUAUUGAUUAUUGAGCAAUGUAUUUUCCUGGGUAAAUAAUCAGGUUGGGCAACGGAAUGAGCCACAGCUCUCAUUAGGACAACAGAAUGUCUUGAUGCCUUGUUAUGCACAAUGUAUAUUUGAAACUAUCCAUCGCUCCAUUCAGUUGUUCUUAAAGCACAUUUAGUAGGUAAAUGAUGAAGAGAAGGGAUUUCUGUUUGGUUGCACAUUCAGUAGACAUGCAAUAAAUCCUCAAAACGUUUUUGCUUCCAAAGUUUAAUUUCAAGGUUUGGAGACGUUUUGGCAAAGCCACUGCAGACAGGUUGUGAGAGACUCUUGUUGGAAAGCACGUCACCAAUAUUCUUGCAGAGACUAAUGUCCCAACUGAAGCCACUCUCACCGAAGAAGCCUUUACGCCACAUCACUCCUAAUAUGACUUGCUGCAUGAGCUGCCUGCGGUUGAAAUGUCUCCUUGACCAAUAUAUUGUCAAAAUGAAUUUCAUCUGAAACAGCAGAUCCAAUGUCUACCUGUGCACUUUAACCAUUAAUGCCUAAUAUACAGUAUCUUGCUAAAUAUGGUAUUUUUAUUUCUGUCAUACACUGGUUUCUUUUUGUUAUUUAUGGAAUGAACGGAUGUAAUAUUUUGUAAAUAGCAGGAAUAAAAUAUGUGAUUCUCCUUCCUUUUUGUUUUUACUUUGAAAUUAUUUCUUGGAGCUGUAAAACUUACAUUUACCUAAGUACUGUAUAAUGUUGUGGUACUUGUACUUUUCAAUUUUAUGCUACAUUAGACCUCCAAUCCAUUUGAGAGUGAAAUGUUGUGCUUUUUACUCCACUCCAUUUUUCCUGUUGACGUAUUUUGACAUUGAACUGUGCUAAUUCUUCGACCAUUGUUGGGUUUAUGCGAGAGAAAAAUAACUUGACAGCAGGGAUGCAAGCUUGCCAACCAAAAGGGGGCCGGUUGGAUACAGUUGAUUUUCAUGUAGUCCAUACGAUUGAUCACAGGAUGUCAUCAAUGUCAGUGAGGUUACACAGUUGACAUCUUGUUGGGAACUAGGGGGACAAGAAUAAGCUCCUACACUCUCCUUUUGUAUGCAGAUAAUAAGGGAGUAAGAGGAGACACAGCUUUGCUAAAGAAGAAGAGGUUUUUACAAACUUUGGAUUUGGUUCUUUGGCACCCAAAAUAUGUCAAAUACAGUUUAUUAGUUGCACCUUCCCUGUCUUCUGUUUUCCUAUCUCCUGCCAUGAACCGAAAGUAUCUCAUCCUAGAAAUGCUGUGUCAUGCAAUACCCAUAUGUGCACUGCUCCAGAUCUUGAAUAGUAUAACGGGUGCACUGUAGCGGCAAGGACCAAAGAAACGAAGCGCCAUCACUUACAGAUAAAGAGUCCUCUUGUUUAUUGUGGGCAUAAAAACAUCUCAUGUGUAUCGGCCUUUGUUUCUUUCAUACUGACACGUACCAAUUACAUUCUCUUGUGUAAAACUGUACUAUAGAACUUUGGAAGUGCUCCAGUAGCUUCUCUGAUUAAAAUGUGAUUGGCAAAAACUUAAAAAAUAAGAUUACAUAAAGUUUGUCAGAACACAGAAGAUUACAGAAAGCUACACAACCAUAAAAUACAGACACUUAUUAAAGUUGAAGCUUUAAGACAUCCAUAAUGUAAAUAUGUCUGCAGUAACUUCUUCAUCAGUGCUUUUGUUAAAACAACAUUUUCUUUCUCCAUCUCAUUUGAAUUGUUUUCUCUAUUUACAUAUCUUACAAUACGACUCAUUUUGCCACUUGGAAGUGCUUGCAAACGAAUGUGCUGAAUGAUUAUUCCACACUUCUCUUGUAUAGCAGAAGGGUGUAGGCUCUCAGACUUAAUAUCAGCCGUAUGUAUAUGUGUGCAUACAACAAAGAAAAUACUCUCACAGUGUGUGCCGUUUCUGACCAUUUUCCCAGCCCACAGUUUUCCCCAUUGUGAAAACAUGUGCCGCAUCUUAUGGGAUGACAAAAGUGAAUAAAGGUUACAUGGUUUUCAUGCAACGUGGUAAAUAUUAAAACAGAAUAAAACACUUUGUAUCAUUGUAUCAAUCCCAAUCAGGCGAGCUCUGCAGUGUCUGCCAGAGGCGUGUAGUUGCCUGCUUUGGCCUCCGUACUGUAGACCACCACCGGGAUUUCAUCCUUCUUGCUCAGCCGACACAAGAUGAAAAUACACAACGCCACUGACAAUAUCUGAAGGACAGAGAAA